AUGUAGAACCCAACCCCAGGAGCCAAAAGCCUAAACCCAGCAAAACGCUAACUACAACAUCCACUGUAGGCUCUCUGCCUGCAGCGCUAUCACAAUUGUAUUUGAUCGUCAAUCAUGCAGUCGCUACUCUCGCCGGUAGCUCGCAGCGGUCCAUUCCCGGCCGCCGCCGCAGUUUAUUCAUCGGAUUUACAUCUCAGCCGCUUCCAUCGCCGGCCCUUCUCUGUCCGCCACUCGUCCAAUCUCAAUUCUCCUCCCAAUUCCCUCUCUUCAUUUAAUGCCGUUCGAUCCUCUUCUUCUUCUUCGUUGUUGCUUUUGAAGACUUUUGGUACUCUGGAGCAUAGAAGAGGACAGUUUUUCUCGGAAACACACGCUUCUUCUAGUCCCAUUUCCCCGGCGGUUCCCCCAAAUGAUGAGGCUGAUAAGGCAAAACUGGCUCAGGUGGCAAAGAGAUUAGAGAAGACAUCGAAGUAUUUCAAGAGGUUGGGUAGUCUCGGAUUUUGGGGACAGUUGGUGUGCACAAUUGUCGCUGCCGUCAUUCUUUCAUUCUCUGUUGUCAUCACCGGGAAAAUUACAUCACCUGCCACUUUUUAUGCUACUGCUGGGGGUAUUGUGGCAGCUUUCAUUUCUGUAUUUUGGUCCUUUGGUUACAUUCGGCUUUCUGAUAAACUUCAACGGACUGCAAAUCAACCGUCCAAGGCUCCUCCCCGAGCCGAUGUUGUGAAUAGCCUAAGAAAUGGGAUAGUAGUGAACCUACUGGGCAUGGGUGCUGCCAUUCUGGGGAUGCAAGCAACGGUGGGAUUGUUAGUUGCCAAGGCUCUUACAUCCUCAGCAAUUCCAUAUUACCAGGGAGCCUCCCCUGGGAAUAGCCCUGUUCUUGCUUUGGAUGUAUUCCUAGUACAGGCUUCUGCGAACACUAUUCUCUCUCAUUUCCUGGGGCUCGUUUUCUCAUUGGAGCUACUGCGCUCGGUGACAUUACCUGCUACAGAUAGUAUUCCUAUUCCCCGAAUAGCAUAACCUCCAUUGUUACCCUUCUAGUCAGUUAAUCCAUCAGCGGAUUCGACAUCGGAGGUGACACGGUACGAAUUGCUUGUGAGUUUAAUGUCUAUUUUCAAGCGUAAUCAAAGGCGUUUGUAUUUUCAUCUCACCCAUCUGAUCGGGGUACUCUCUUUUCUGGUGUGGGUAGAAAUCAAAAGCGUUCUCUUGGUAUGGGACUUGAAUAGUUGCAGAGGUCCUUGAAAGUGUUUCCUGCGGGUAGCUUAAAUGGAAGUUUCUUGUAUUGUAUUAGAAAAGACUGGCAAGCCAUGUCAAACUCUUCUAUUAAAGUGUAGAUUCAAUGAUUGUUCUGUCUUGAGUUUUAAAUCCCUCAUCCAUUUUGAUAUUUACUUUGUUUUUUCUUCUUUAAUAGAAAAUAAUUUACAUGGUUGAAA